GUUCCCAGUGGGCACAAUAAAGUUUUGUUGAUACGAAGUGAAGCCAUUCGUCUCAAUGGAGCAAUAAAGUUUUGUUGAGAGCACCCUUCCACCAGGCGCAGGCGCAGAAAGGAGGCGGGUCUUUGGGAAGCCGGUAGCUGUCCUUAGACCGACUUCAGUAGCUGGGGAACAAUUUGUAAGCAAGUUUUCGGGGUCAAACACUCUUGGUCUCAGCAGUCAGGUCAGUAUCAUUCAGGAUACCGAGCAUCGUGUCUAAGUAGGAGGUGCUGGUGCUGGAGUGCUCCGGAGGGAGGGACGGCGAUGGUUGAAUUUCUGAUGGAGCUGAAUCCGAGAUUGCAGGUUUUCAGUCCACGUGAUGAAGAUGUCAUCGCUAUACGUUACGUACAGCAAGGGUUUGAUGGUGCAGUCCUUGAGGAAGUCUUCUUCCCGGUGGCUCAUAAACAGGUUGGCGUACCUGGGGGCGUUCUGGUGCCCGGGGUCUGGGGGAAGUGUCGGUUGUUAAAAGUGAAAUAGUUGUGUGUGAGGAUGAAGUGUACAAGCGGCAUCUUCGUCUCCGACCUCUACCACUUCGCCAUCAGCCAGCGCUUCGACCUCAUGAGCUUCCCCAGCACCACCGUGCUGCUGUUCUCCCAGGUGCUGAGCUUCUACUUGGCGCUGCUGGGGGCGCUCUACAGCAUGGGGGCCAAGGACAACGUCCUCAAGACCUUUGCCCUCACCUCGCUGGUGACCAACUUUGCUGCCUUCUUCGGCCGCUUCUGCCUCGAGUACCUGACCCUCGAGUACCGGCAGGAGGUUUACUGAGCCCGGAGCCCCCAGAGAGCGCACGGCCCC